AUGGCACCUAUCAGGAGGUCGGACUGGAGGCUUGUGGCCUCGAACCCCAUCAGGUGGUUGGGGUCGAGGUCGGCAACGGACAGGAUGGAGACCCUUGAGCAAUUGGACUUGAGGCCGGCCGUAGGAACCGUCAAGUGGCCGGCGACGGACGAGACGGAAACCCUCGGGUGGUCGGGCUGGAGGCCGGCGGUGGAACCCAUCAGGGGGCAAGCGACGGACCAGACUGAGCAAAAGAUCAGCUCCAUCAAACAGGCUAAAGAGCAGCAGGUGGCCGAGGCCCGGAGGAAGGCCACGCCCGUGGUGGGAGACAUGAGGCCGCUGGCUGAUGCCUUGCCAGAGCUUUGUCAGCUAAUCACUCCCGCUGCCACAGCCCCCACCGCUCGCCACAAGAGCAGGAAAAGCAAAACACCCAUGAAGAGACCAGAGCCGACUGACUUCAGUCAGAUGAAACAGUCCCAGAAACGCAAACUCCUGGAAACGGAGACCAGCCGGUUCAGCAACGCGGUAAAGACGCUGUCUGCCAAAAUGAACCCUCUUGCUAACAAUAGCAAUGGCUGAACUGUGGGAGGCUGAUGUGCCUCCACAAACAUAGACAGUUGAAUUUAUCAGGGAAACCCAACGUCAAGGACAUAGAACCUUAUGGCACAUCACACCUCUGGGCUUAAGGAUGCUGGUUAAAAACAACAGCAUGCGUGUAUUUGUAAGGUAUCCUUUCACAUUUAUUAUCCACAUUUCUGUUGCAGUAAUGAAUCCAUUUAAAAUUAAGGCUCAUUUCAAAUGUCUGUUUUCAGUGCAGACAUUUUUACAACAAAUCUGCCUUCUUUCUACCAACACCAACAUACCCACUUGUCUAUUUUCGGCAUCUUAUGAUUGUGCUGUAUUGAGAAUAAGAUCAGCUCCCAACUCUGAGUGACUCAUCAGCAAUAACCAUAGCAACUCCUCUGAUCCAUGUAAAUGAACAUCUUGUCAGGGCAACACUGAACCACAAGCUGAGUGAAAAUAUUGUCAAACUGUCACCAGGAAGCAGAUCAACAUGUUUGGGGAGCAGUGGGACUCACUGUGCAUGCUGCACAUCUUACUCAACAUGUUUGUGGGAAUGUGGACACUUCGGAUUAAAGGAUAAUUCCAGUUUAUGUUAA